GCCUGAGCAAGGAACAAUUAAAAAAAAUAUUUUCCACAUUUUGCGCAUAUUCGGAGGGUUAGCGGGGGAAAAAUCACCAUUCUAUUCUUCCCGCUCGGCGUUUUUUUUAGAUAAAUGGCCGUCAGUGCAGCAUUUUUUCGUCAAUUCGUCUGACAGUUCAGCAUUUUUUCGCCGAUUCGCCUGACCGUUCAGGCAAUUUUUCGCCCAUUCACCUGUCCGUGCAGGCUAUUUUUAACACGUUCAUUCAUUUUUGCUCAUUUUACUCAUUUUUAUUUAUUUAUUUUUUUAACAGGCCACAUUCCAUUUUGCACAGCGAACCAAAGGGCAGAUUUUCCGCUGCCCAGUGCGCACACGCAAGUGUUCGCGGGGAAGCUCCAUUUGCGUGUGUUGACUCUCGUGAAGAUCGCCGCGACUGCCCAGUUGUCCCAAAGGAGUUCCAAAAAGGAGUAAACCGUUUGUGCGCCCCCUCCGCCGCAGUUCAGCCGCUUUGCUACCCACUUCAACCGCUUUCCCACCCACUUCAACCACUUUCCACCCUCUUGACAAAAUGAACAACCACUCGGUGUACAACAAAUUCAACUCCACGCUGUCCGUGUUCAACAACAACAGCAACCUGAACAGCAGCAUAUACAUUUCGGGGGACAAAAAGUCAAAGUCGAGGACGUCACUGAACGCGCUGUCCUUUUACAAGUCCAGCGCGUCCGUGUAUGUAAAGAAGGUAGACAAAACUGACAAGAAGGAAAAUGUGAAAACGCUGAUACGAUACCUGGGGUGGAAAAAUUACAGCGGGAGUAUAUCCCCCAAUUUGUUUAAAAAUCCGAGCAUGACCGACUUGAUAAACAUAUGGAAUUUUAUCUUUAAGCAUGUGGACCCGCAAAUCGAAGUGAAUAAGGACAACUAUGGAGAGGUAGUUUUGAGCUUUUACAAAGAUAUUGGGUACCCAUAUACCAUUUCGAAAUCGACGCUGGUGGCCCCGACCACCGGUUUGCAGUAUAACACGCACCUAUCCGCCUUAGCAUGGCUUUGCCAGCUUCUGAUCUUCGAAGCUGAAUGUUUUAAUGACAUAAAUGAGGAGAAAGAUAUGAACUGUUCAUACGAUUUUAACGAAGAUGGGGAAAUAAAAAUGGAGGACUUUAUCCUGCAAAGUUACAAGUCCCACAUUAACAAGGAGGAAAAAAACGCCAACGAUGUGCUGAAUGCGAAAUUGGACAAAGAGAUUGCCCGAUUGCAAAAUGAUGUAACUUCCAAAAGUGAAGAAAUUGUUGAAAAAAAAAAAAAAAUUGAAGAAAUAAAAAAUCACAUGAAGGAAAAUGAGGAACUGAUUAAGCGAAAUAAAGUCCUGUGUGAAGAAAAUAAAAAAAUAAAACUCCUCUACACGAACAGUUUGGAGGAGACGAAGAAGCUAGAAAAGGAAAUCGAAAUGUGUAAGAAGACCAACCAGGAAGAGAAGGUAAAGACGGAAAAAAUUGUCGAGCAAAUUAACAAAGUUAAGGAAGUUCUGCAAAAACAAACACUUAACAAAGCGCAGUUCCUGCAGAUGAAUGAAGACAUUGAAAAAAACAAGGAAAAAAUUGAACAAAUAAAAAGCGAAAUUAAAAGCCUGAACAAUGAGCACCCCACUCUGAGCGACAAGCUAAAUAACAGGCACAGUGAUUUGAAGAAGCUAGCCAAAAGUGUAAACGAUAUACUGUCCGAAAUUCUGCAAAACUUAAAUUUGUAUAGGAAUGUCUCCCCAUCUGAGUGGAGCAAAAUAAAUAACGUGAGCAUCAACAUCGACUCCUUUACCGUGGACAACAUGCUGAACUUGAAUUGGAAGGACACCAAGGGCGACGUCAAAUCGUUUAUGGAGGCGGACCAGGAGGAGCUGAAGAACUCCCUGCGCCUCAUGGAGGACUACGAGAAGAGAAUUAAGCUGCUCGAGGAAGAGAUCGACGACUUGAAGGAGGACAUCCAGGACAGCGAGGCCCGCGUCAAGAAGCUCAACGACGACACGGACCAGUUCGUCACGGCCUCCUCGGACAAGUUCAGCCGGAUCGUCGCGCAGAACGAGAAAAUGCUGGACGAAGCCAAGGAGAAGAGUAAGGCAAACGAAAUGCUCAAAGAAGUCAUUGCGGAGAAGGAGGAGAAGGAAAACGAGUUUACCAAAAUCAAGACGGAUAACGAAAAGGUGUUCAGGGAGAAACUAGCCACGCUGCAGCAGGCAUGCGCCCUCCUGGUGGAACUAAAAAUCUACAGCAAGAAUUACGCAUCCGUCGUGCUGGACGAAAAAAAAAGAGAGCUGGAGUUGUACAAGGAGCUCCACAAGAGCGUCGUCGAGUAG